CCACCUGUGGCACGGAAGUAAGAAAAAGAAAAGAAGAAGAAGAAGAAGAAGAAGAAGAAGAAGCAAUGAUUGCAGCUCACCUGCUCUUAAUGAAGUAGACAUUGCAGCGGGCUCCGGCAGACCAGGGGGUCAGCCAGACUGGAGUCAGCAGUGGUCAGUGCCCGUUUGCCCCGAGGUGAUGUAAGAAGGUGUGCACUGAAUGGACGGAGAGACAUGUAGUCUGAGCAGCCUUCGGAGCCAUAAAUGGAGGAGAGAGGGAGAUAGCAGGCGAUCAAACACCCACUGUCAACAUGGGACUGGAGGACCCCCAGGAUCAAAUGGCAGAGGAGUGCUGGAGCGAUGGAACGUGUGGAUGUCCUCGAGUGAAGAGAGGAAAAAGACCAGAUGGGGCCAAAUGGCCUGGCAGGCACAAAUGUCUCAUUUCAUGGGCCGUCUCCUUCAACGAUGUGGCCAACGGAGGUGCGCGUUCCUCAGAGAACAGGAACGGGACUAGACAAAGCUGCUGCGUCGCAGAUGGCGUGUGAGCAGAAUGUGGAGCUGGAUGCGGAGCACCCCCAGCGAGUCCCUGGGGCGGAACAGGGAGGGGUGCCGCCCCCCCAGGUCAAGCUGAAAGAGAGGCAGAAGUUCUUUGAGGAGGCGUUCCAGCAAGACAUGGAGCAGUACCUGUCCACCGGCUACCUGCAGAUCGCCGAGAGGAGAGAGCCAAUAGGAAGCAUGUCGUCCAUGGAGGUGAACGUGGACAUGCUGGAGCAGAUGGACCUGAUGGACAUGUCGGACCACGAGGCCCUGGACGUGUUCCUGCACUCCGGGGGAGAGGACAUCAACGCCGCUUCACCCGUCGCAGGCCCCGAUGUGGAGUCCUUCACCACAGAGAUCAGCCUCCAGGUUCCCACCCAGGCGGAGCUCCGCCACAAGCUCUCGUCCCUUUCGUCCACCUGCACCGACUCCGCCAGCCAGGACACGGAGGCCGGGGAGGAGGAGGACGAGGAGGACGAGGAGGAGGAGGAGACUGAGCAAGGAGGAGGCGGCGUCGGAGGAACGGGGGGAGGAGGAGGGAGGAGAAGGAGGCGGCCGGUGGUGGUGACCCUGGACGAGGAGGAGGUGCAGCCCGACACGGCGCUGGUGGACAGUGGGGACAAAGAGGAGCGCAGCAGGCGGAAGAUUUGAGGAGAGUCGGUACUGGAUUUUAACACAAACAUACAGAGCUGCCAAAUCAGACACAAAACAACAUUGGCUUCCUUUUUAAAAUCCCGUUCACAUGAAAGAAAAACACGGUGAGGUUGCACUAACUGCCACAAACUAACUGCCUUAAAAGACCGCCGGGAUCUCAACUCUAAUUGAAUCCCGUAAAAAUAGGUUUGAGUUUCCUUUAGAAUAUAUAUUAGGACUGAGUGACUUCACAUGCACAUGAAUAGUUUGGCAUCAUCAGAGAGAACACUCUAAUAUCCUGUUUCUGUGUUUGUGCAUGUUGAGACCAGGAGGAGCCUGUAAUUUAAAAGUGAUGGGGACGUUAAGAACCACAACCCUGAAAUCAUCCACGUGUCCUUUUCAGGUCGCGACCCGUCAUGUUCUGAGCUAAUACCUUGGCCCACAGUGCAUUUCUUUAAAUGUGUUGGACACUUCUGCAGAAUAUGAAUAGCCUCAUCAUAGCUCAGCCAGGUUUAAGACAAUAUAUUUCAAAAACUUACAAAAGUGAAACAAGUUUAAUCAUAAUCACAAGUACGACUCAUUUGGACCGUCCUCAUUUUCUUCGCCAGUGACCGGUUAAAAGGUCCCUUCAUAGUCGCCCAGGUUUUAGAUUUUGAAGAGAGAUUUCUGUUUUCUGUCUUUCUUUCUGCAUAAAAAUGCACUGGUUAUGCCAAAUAAUACACAGAACUAUUUUUAUUUAUUUUUUAUAUUUCAAAUGCUGGGCAGAUGAAUCUUAAUUUGUGUGAAUUCACUCGUCUCUACAGUAACUGCUAGCACAAGGCACUUGACAAAGGAUCUGCAGGGGCCACGUGGAUGAUUUUUUUUCUCUCGUGACUUUAUGGAAAAACUGAAUCCCCAAAGCUUUUUUGAAAUUCCUCUUAGUGGUUUGUGAGCAAGACUCUGCAUUAUUGUAAAAAGGUAAAGUACCAGUUAGAUAAUAUUUUUGUGCCAAUGGCAUUGAUAAACUCGGCAUGCAGUCACCUGGCAACGGGUUAUACACCGCACAGUAUUUAAGAGGUGACAGGAUAUCAGUGAUUUACCACAAACACACACUGUACAUGCAAGAGACUUUCUCUUCGCCAUUCCCUUUUGAAGAGGGACCAAAUCAUUGUACGGACUUGUGCUAUGCACUGGAUAACACCGAGAAGGUUUAACUGUAUCCAGAUCUUUUUCUUUUUUUGUAUAGAAAUGUUGACAUUUGUGCAAAUGUGACGGCAUUACUCAUUUCCUUUCUUUCCCCUUGCCUACAAUUUCUGACCUGUUGGUAAUAAAUGUUUCUCCCCUCAGAAUUGUUUAGUUUUCAUCUAAGCAUACUGGGAGCAUGUUAAAGAAUGAAAUGCAAGCGGGAUUUAGGGUUUGAGCACGUUAACAGUCCCCGUGCGCUCGGCCUUGAUUUACAGUCCUGCCGAGGUCUUUACACGCGGUCAGCUGACAUGGCGAGGGGAAGGAUAGGUUUCAGUAGGAGUGGAUGUUGUUUUGUUUUUUUCUUUGGGGAGAAUAGUUUACCAUGUAUAUAUUUAAUAUCAGUGUUAAAUGUUAAGGAAAAGCAAUACUCGAGUUGCGCGGGGGCUUUUGAAGGCCGAGGGUGGAUGUGUCGGUUUAUUAUGAAUAGUAACGCGCUGCUGAUGAUGCGUGACACUUUAAUUAAGGCCAUGAAGAGCUACAGGACCCGUGUUCAGCACGUGGGACGUGAACAGAGCACUUUUUAGUCUCCUGCACCUCUGCAGUAGCUGCUGCUUCCUGUGAAACAUGACGAUGUCAUGACAACUGUUCCUCACUGCAGUGUCUUGACAUCUGUCCACUCAAAUUACUACAAAAUGUUUUCUGCACUUGGCAAUUCAGAUAGUUUACCUAUUGAAUCCAUCUCAUAUUUCCAAACGUCACUGCAUGACAAAGAACAAUUAUAUCUAACAGUGAUGCAUUUUUCCAAAAACAAUUUCUUGGUUUACAUGGACAAUCAACAGACCUCAAUGUAAUACAAUUAAAACAGAAAACAACCUUCUACCACGGGAUAAACUAAUGGAUGGAUGGGUUAGUCUGCCAGUUAUUUUUUUCGUAGCCAAACGAUUUGCUUUUUUACCAUUUAAGAAUGGGGGAGAUGCAAAUAUCCUCAUAUUAGAAGCUGAAACCAUUUAAUUUUGUCAUUUUUACUUGAGAACUUUUUGAUUAAUUUUCUGCCAAUCGACUAAUCGUUUCAGCUAUGGGUUGGAAAAUUACAAGAGGAAGGAAUUAAAAAAAAAAAAUUGCACUUUAUGACCAUUAAAUGACACUACAACAUGAAAUCAAACUGAUGAACCCGUUGGAAGCGUGCACACAAACAGGUUGUAAAGAAAUAACAGUGAAUUGUCGGUAAGUUUUUAUUAAACCUUCGGUACAAACUGCAAAAGUAAAAAACUGUCAAUAUAACCAACAUGAGACUCUCUUUCCGAGUGGAGGGAAAGGCCGAGAUGCGGCACUAAUAAAUUAAGUCACCAGAGACCCCACUGUGAGCAAGUAUUUUAUACUGUAGAAAAUGGAAGAAAACAAAAUCAAUAGAUGAACUGAAAAACAAAAACAAACAAAAAAAUCCCAGAAUAAAAUAUAUUGUAAGGCCAUAAAAACUUGACAACCACUUUUUUUUAUGUUGAAAACACCCGACUUGGUAUUUUAUUAAAUAGUCCUAAACAGUUCAGUCUUCUGCGAGGGACGACAACCAACAAACUGGAUUAUAGGAUUUUUCCUUGACAGUCACCACUGGCAAGCUCAGUGCAACAUGAGUAGCUACUACAUUUUUGUUGAAUUUUCAGUAAUGAAAAUGUAAAAACCCAUUUUUUUUUUUUUUUUUAGUGAACAUAUCUUUUUUUCCCUUUUCUUUAAAAAAGUAAAGCUAAACAAACAAAACUAGGUCGGGGGGCAGUCGUUGGCUACUCAAUAUCCUCUUUCUUAGUGAUAUAAGCAGCACUUAAAAAUUUUAUACACGUUUACCAGAGCAACCCUGUAAGCGUCAAACUCACACGGAUGAAGAAAGGGAAAAUGUAAGGCUUUUUCUUCAUCAAGCGCACUUCCUCUGGAACUCUCUCUCCUCUUUAUUCCGUCCUUCCUUUCUUUCUUCCUUAACCCCAGAAAAAGGCUCAAGUAUUUAAAGAAAUUUACAGGAUUAUGUACAAAAAAACUUGAUGUUUUGUUUGUGUUGGACUUUUUCCUCUGUCUAAAAAAAAAUCACUCAUAAUAUAUCUGGAAAAGGGACAAAUGCAAAAGCCAAAAAAAACCAAAAGGACAAUUAAAGAAAAGAAAAACAAAACAAAACUUGGAUUCGAUAUUUCACAUUUUACACUCUUUGACUAGUGGCUCUACUUGAGAUAACAUCAGAUUCAACAAAAGUAAACAAAAAAAACAACCCACAAUAAUAAUAAUAAUAAUAAUAUAAUAUAAUAAUUAAUGUUUACUGGUACAGAUGAAACAAGAGGACUGGAAGAAUGGAAUGUUAACACGAUUGCACAUCUAGAACCAGAAAGGCCUGAAAGCUUUUCUGCCCUGUGGGACGGGGGUGCGUGAGCUAGCUGUUAGCCAACAACAGGCGCUAAACCCCCCAGAUUUUUUAAUUUGUGUUGUCAUACAGUAAUUAUAACCAACAGCACCAAUAAAAUGGAUCUCCUCGCCACAUAUCAGGCACGGUUUUCACUUGCUAGUGAGGGAGGGAUCUCUCCCCAUACAACCAGGAAGUGAGGUGAGCGGUGACCCUUCACGGGUCAAGCAGCUAUAGCCCCGCCCCCUCUCACUUCCACCGACGAAGAGAAACAUCCACAAUGACAAAAAAAAAAAGUACACAGAAGACUUCUCGCCAAAAAACUAGAAAAAACAAAGCUAAAAUUCAAAGAGAACAUGGAAAAAAAACAUAGCCAACCAACAAUAAACCAACAUCAUCUGUCUUUCAAGUUUUUACCUCGCGUCACCAACACCCCUUUAAACAACGACGACAUCAACAAAUCAAAAAAAAAAUGCAGGAGCUGCAUCUUGAUGCCUCAAAUCAAUUAAAAAAAAAGGACUCUUACUCCUCAAACCGAGGACAGAGAGAAACUUUGGGCAACUUCUUGAUAUCAUUUCAUAUCAGAAAACCUGGGAGGGGGAGAAAAAAAAAAAGCCCACCUUUUCAUUCGUCCCACGUUCACAGUCGAGUGAUGCGCGAUGAGCAGGGAUGGGGGUCCAGCGGGUUCAGGUCUCGGGAGGGAAAGGAGGUCAGGAGAGAGUGACGCAAGGUAACCCACUUCAGAAGGGGGGGGGGGCUCAUCAAGUCUUCUUGUGAACAUCACACUUAAUGCUGGGGACGGGGUGGGGGGAUUCUAAAAUCAUCCAGAAUAAAAACAAAUUCUUCUUUCACACUAGUGCAAAAAAGACAACUUGUUAUUCUUUUUUUCUUUUCUUUUUUAAUAUAUAAACAAGCCUGUCAUACUAAGGGGGGAGGUGAUUUAAUUAUUUUGGGGUGGGGGACUUAAGUCUGUUGAGGGGAUUUUCAAAGCUCAAAAGCAAUCGAUCUUGGGCGGUGGAGGAGGGACUGAUAGUGAUCCUGCUUUUAUGUUGGAAAAACUAAAAUAACGACCAGGGGAGAGUCGAGGAGGGUGCAGGGUAGGGGCGGGCACGCCGCACAGGGUGGCAAAGUCGAGGCACCGGCCUCAGGACACGGCUGCUGCCUUGGGGAUGUGGCUGGUGGACAGGCGGGCCAGAGAGACCUCCACCGUGGCGCGCUUCCGGGGGCCUCGCUUGGCCGGCGACGCUUUGGUGGGGCUUAAGCCGAGACAGGGUUCCCCCCCUCCUCCAGUGACGACAACUCCCCCACCGCCGCCACUGCUGUUCUUUAUCAUGGCCCGGCCACACACCUGGUUCACCAGACUGUUAAUUUGCUCCUGUGUGGGGAAGACACGGACAAAAAAAUUAAAACAUUUAAACAGUGUACAUUUUUAUAAAGCCCAAACUUUACUAUCACUUUGUUGAGACCUAGUCUACAGUAACAUGAACUCAUGUCAUGGAGAAUAAUCUACUUCCGGGAGCAGUGUAAACCAAGCUGAUGUCUCCCCCAUGUGGACAGAGAGAGAACUGAACCACAGGGGCCGCUCACCUCGUCGUAUCGGUACAUCAUCUUCAGGCCUCUGCAGGUCUUGUUCUUCUCCACAUAGCGCAGGGCACACUCCAGACAGAAGACCACGUUGUCCGUCUCCUGGACCACCUGUGCAGAAGACGGAAACGGAGACAUUUAUUAUAGGAACCAGACACAACUGAGAUUUCUCUUAUUACCGAGAUACUGGUCAUUGGAAACUGGGUUUUUUGUAGUCCAUCUUCGGAAACUUGUAGUUUCACCACGGCAGACGCACGGUUUAGACACUUUUUGACAUACUGAGCCUCAUAAAACACAAGAAGAUCUAGGCCUGCCAAUGUAGAGGUAAGGAUGAGAAGUACAUGAGCCGUACGCUAUAACAAUUGCAUGUUUUUGCAGGGCAUAAUGCAAAAAUAAUACCUGCAAUCUAUUUGCGACUUCAAACUUUCUUGAAGGAAGUAAAAUACCAACACGUAUCCAAACUGACAAGCACAAAGCAAGUCGUCACAUCUUGUAACCGCGGUGCGUUCAGCCUCCUGCGCUCUCUGCUCUCACCAUGGACAAGUAGCAGAGAUGCUGACAGAUCUGGCAGCGUCUCUCUGAAGAUUCCAGUGCAAGCCAUUUCCCGCGGGGCUUCUUGCGCCCCUCGCUGGGACCCAGGCCGCCGUCGUGCGUGCCGUAGCGAGCGGAGGAGAGCAAACCUGCCUUGUAGAGUUCCUGCCGUUGGUGCAUCUCUAUGUUCCUGUCGGACAGUAAAGACACGAGAGAAGGGAGGAGUAGAAAACGUGAAUAUUAGCUGCCGUGCAACAUUUCAUUUCUCCCGUGAAGGGUGUGGAAAUGACAAGCAGAUAUUAACCAUUAAGAAUAGUAUGUGUGUGCGUGCACACCCCCAUCCUACCUGAGGUCUUUGAGUAGGGCGGAGAUGGUGGUGAGGAGAAGGCCGUUGUCCCUCUUCGACUCGGCGGUGGCGAUCUGGUACAGUAGCUUUUCCAUGGAGAAGGGUUUGGCUAUGCGACGAAAUUUCAGGUCCUGCAGACAAGAAAAUCAGACCAUGAUGCUUUUCUGUGUUCAAUGAUGUUUAAACAGUGAUAAUGUCCUUAAAUGUGUUUCGCAGUGUAACAAUGUACGCUCAGUUCAAUAUUUCUGGACCUCUCCUGUAAACUACUGUACAUUCACCGCCUCGUGGUUAAGUUCACCUGUCAAGUUGCGGUUAACAACCACGUCUGUCGAGACUUUUAUGCAGUGAAGACUUUGAAGGAAUUUAAUAAAAGGAACUAAGUGUAUUUUUUUUAUUUGUGAUAUAGGGAUAUAUGAAUAAAAUGUAUUUAACUUGA